ACCCCCAAAACUCCAUUUUUUUCCCCGAUUUUCAAUGGUUUUGCCCCGUUUUUGCAGCUUAGGAAGCUUUACUUCAGCAAAGGGAGGGAACAGCCACAGCCGGGCCGUUCCUGCCAUGGGCUCCGGCCCCAUCGACCCCAAGGAGCUCCUCAAGGGCCUCGAUUGUUUCCUGGGCCGGGAUGGGGAGGUCAAAACCAUGGAUGGCAUCUCCAAAAUAUUCAGCCUCAUGAAGGACUCGCAGAAGAUGGUGAGUCGCUGCAUUUACCUGAACAUCCUCCUGCAGACCCGGGCCCAGGACAUCCUGGCCAAGUUCAUCCGGAUCGGGGGCUACAAGCUGCUCAACACGUGGCUGACGGGCUCCAAGGCCAACAACAACGUCCCCUUCCUGCAGCAGCUGCUGCUCACCCUGCAGCACCUCCCGCUCACCGUCGACCACCUCAAGCAGCUCCGGCGCCUGGCCUCCAUCCUGGUCAGCGACUGGAUGGGGGUGAUCCGCUCCCAGAGCAGCUCUCAACCCACAGAACGGGAUAAGAAGAAGAGGAAAGAGGAAAACAAAAGCAAAACCCCAGUCCCGGAGAAGCCCCAGGAGACCAAAAACGAGGCAAAAAAUGAGGAAAUUCCCGAAAAAAAACGGGAAAAACCCAAAUCCCUGCGGACCACGGCCCCCAGCCACGCCAAGUUCCGCUCCACAGGGCUGGAGCUGGAGACGCCGUCGCUGGUGCCAUUGAAGAAACUGAAUUCGGCCUCGUCUGACAAAUACAACCUGAAACCCGUCCCGGUGAAGAGACAGAGCGCCCCGACAGCCCCCGGGGAGGCUCCUCUGGCAGAGAAGAAAUACAAACCCCUGAACACGGCCCCAAACGCGGCCAAGGAGAUCAAAGUGAAGAUCAUCCCCCCGCAGCCCAUGGAAGGCCUCGGGUUCCUGGAUGCCCUGAACUCAGCGCCCGUCCCCGGCAUCAAAAUCAAAAAGAAGAAGAAAGUUCUGUCCCCAACAGCAGCCAAGCCCAGCCCCUUCGAGGGAAAGCCGGCGCCGGAGCCCAGCACGGCCAAACCCUCGUCCCCAGAGCCGGCAGCCGCGGAGCCCAUGGACACGGACCGGCCGGGGACGCCGGUGCCGGCCAUCGAGGUGCCCGAGCCCAUGGACACCGGCUCGUCAGAGGCCGGGGGUGACCCCAAGGCCACCGACGUCCCCUCCGAGGGCGGCGCGGCCCCGCGCAGGACCCGCAAGAAGAAAUCGGUGUCGUGGCCCGAGGAGGGGCGGCUGCGCGAGUAUUUCUACUUCGAGCUGGACGAGACCGAGCGGGGUGAGCCCCAAACGAAAAAUGAGAAAAAAAAAUCCUUUGUGAUCCCAGAAAAACCCACUGAGCUUUUUUCACCCCUCAGCAUUCCUGACAGCCCCCACGAGCCCGACCCGGAAUCCUACGAGCCGCUCCCACCCAAACUCAUCCCCUUGGACGAGGACUGCUCGGGCGAGGACGGGGCCUAUCCCGAGGGGCUGGAUCCCGGGAAUUCCGCCGCCUCCCCGGAGCCGGGCGCGGGGGCCAAGCUGCCCCCGGUCCUUGCCAACCUCAUGGGCAGCGUCGGGGCGGGCAAGGGCCCCCCAGGACCCCCCCAAAACGCCCCCAUCAACAUGCAGGAGAUCCUCAGCUCCAUCAUGGGCGGCCCCAGCAGCCACAAGGCCGAGGAGCUGCUGAAGCAGCCGGACUACUCGGACAAGAUCAAACACCUGCUGGGCAACCUGGGCAGCCAGCCGCCGGGGGGGCCCGGGGGAGUUCCCCACGGGCUGCUGGGCCCCGGCCCCAUGAACGGCUUCCCCCUUUUGUCUCCCCCAGACAUGUCGAGCCGCGCCGUGUGCCGCCACUUCAUGCUCAAGGGCAGCUGCAGGUACGAGAACAACUGUGCCUUCUACCACCCCGGCGUCAACGGGCCCCCCCUGCCCUGACCCCAAAAACCCCCAAAUCCACCCCAAAAACCCGCCCCGCCCCGCUUAUGGCUUCCGUGAGGCCUCGGGGGGGAAAACGGCGGAAAAAACGGAGAAAAAAGGGGAAGAAAAAGCAAAUUACGGCGGUGCGGUGGCGGCGGUGGUGGUGGG